CACUGACAACUACGGUCACUCUGCAAACAAAAAAUCGGAAAAUUCAGCGAAAAUUUCGGAAAAUUUUCGGGAAAACGCUAAAUACUGUAUUGAAAAGCCUCAGAAUUGGUGUGAAAAUGACGUCGCUAGACCCGGCGCCGAACAAGACUUGGGAGCUGUCGCUGUACGAGCUCCAGCGCAAGCCGCAGGAGAUAAUCACGGACAGCACCGAGAUCGCGGUUUCACCGCGGAGCCUCCACAGCGAAUUGAUGUGUCCUAUCUGCCUGGACAUGCUAAAGAAGACGAUGACGACGAAGGAGUGCCUGCACCGCUUCUGCUCGGACUGCAUCGUGACAGCGCUGAGGUCGGGCAACAAGGAGUGCCCAACGUGCCGCAAGAAACUGGUGUCCAAGCGCUCGCUGCGUGCUGACCCAAAUUUCGACCUGCUCAUCUCGAAGAUCUACCCCAGUCGCGAGGAGUACGAGGCCAUCCAGGAGAAGGUGAUGGCCAAGUUCAACCAGACACAGUCUCAGCAGGCGCUGGUCAACUCCAUCAACGAGGGCAUCAAGCUGCAGUCCCAGAACAGACCCCAGAGAUUCCGCACCAAGGGCGGCGGAGGCGGCGGCAAUGGUAAUGGUAAUGCUGGAGCUACUGGUGGAGCUGCUGGUGGGGGAACUGCUGCCGGCGCAGGUGCUACUGCUGGCGGCGCUGGUGGUGGUGGUGGUGGGUCCGCUGUGGGUCGCAAUGCCUCUAAUCAAUUACAUGUCCACGAUACAGCCUCCAACGACAGCAACAGCAACACCAACAGCAUCGACCGCGACAACCGGGAUCCGGGACACUCUGGCACUUCGGCGGCAUCGGCGAACACAACCACCUCGAAUGCGGCGCCCUCGUCGUCGGUCACCUCAGGAGCCAGUACCUCCGCCACUCGGAUGCAGGUGGACGAUGCCUCCAACCCGCCCUCGAUGCGGAGCACACCCUCGCCGGUGCCCUCCAAUUCGAGCAGCACUAAGCCGAAGCGCGCCAUGUCGGUGCUGACCUCGGAGCGGUCCGAGGAGUCGGAAUCAGACUCUCAGAUGGACUGCCGCACGGAGGGCGACUCCAAUAUAGACACCGAGGGCGAGGGCAACGGUGAGCUGGGCAUCAAUGACGAAAUCGAGUUGGUUUUCAAGCCGCAUCCCACUGAGAUGUCUGCGGAUAACCAGCUGAUACGGGCCCUCAAGGAGAACUGUGUGCGCUACAUCAAAACCACGGCCAAUGCCACAGUCGACCAUCUCAGCAAGUAUCUUGCCAUGCGCUUGACCCUCGACUUGGGCGCCGAUCUGCCGGAGGCCUGCCGUCUGCUCAACUUUUGCAUCUACGUCGCUCCCCAGCCCCAGCAACUGGUCAUCCUCAACGGCAAUCAGACGCUGCAUCAGGUCAACGACAAAUUCUGGAAGGUGAACAAGCCCAUGGAAAUGUAUUACUCGUGGAAGAAGACCUAAGCAGUACUAAGGAUUAAAUUAGUAUUAGGUGGCGUAUUUCCGGAAAUUCCAGGAAAUAUCUUUAGCUGUAGUGCUUCACAAUUACACAAAGCUUACAAUAUAAAAACCAAUAUGUAAAUUAUAAGUAAACAUGCUCAUUCCUCUUUUUAAA